CUGUUUAAAAAUCAUCACCAAUCAUCACAUUUCUCGUUCACAAGAUUACCAAACAUCGUUUAUCCGUUUAAUUUUCGUAUAAUACUUAAAUCUUUUGGAGUAGAUUACAUAUGAAAGUGCGUGCUCUAUUUAAGUUAAAAAAGGAUUCCGAUAGUUUUACAACUUAUUUAAUCAUGGCUAAGAGAAAAGCAAUUUCCAGCAGCGGUAGUGAAGAAGAAUACGAAAGAAGUUCAAAAAAAUCUAAAAAUUCCAUUAAUCAUUCUAUAAUACAAGCAGCGAAUUUUAUGUCAAAAAAUCAGGCCCUUCACAAAAGUUUAAACUUAAGUUCUAGUUUAUUGCUUCCCGAUGGUAAUGAGAAAGCUAAGAAAAAAUCAAAAGUACAAAAGAAAGUAGUUACUUCUGAAAGUGAAGAGGAGAUAAAUGAGCAGAUAAUUCCUAAUCAUAAUAAGCAUGAAGAUGUCAAUGCAACAAACUCUUCAUUUAAGAAAGACAGGAAAUCAAAGAGUCCUAAAAAAAGGAACAGCAAAGACAAAUCCUAUGAUGCUUUUACUCCAAGGUUAGUACCUAAAGAAGAAAUUGUAGAGGGAUUAGAAGUAUUUGAUACAAUUAGCCCAGAAGAAGAUGGUAACCUAAAUGCCAGUAGCAAUGAGAAUAACUCCAGACAUUCUUAUUCCAAUAUUGAAGAAGAUGAUGUAAAUAUGAUGAAUUCAAUUGAAGAAAAGGUUCAGAAAGUGAGAGUUCUUCAGGAAGUAAGGAUUAGUCCAUCGAAGGAUCCCAAGCAACAACUAAAAAAUAUAUACCCCAAUUUGCAGCAACGCCACAUAAAAACGAAAAUAAAUUUAGGUGAUUCAGAUGAAAUUUUUUUGUUUCGCACGCCUAAAAACGUAGACGUACAAAAUCUACUAAACACAUCUAUCGACUUAGAAGAAGGCUGUAAAAUUAAUAUAGGUGAAAAAUAUAUUAUCAGACCAACAUCAAAAAUUCCCCACCCUACACUACUGUUGAGUAGUUUGAGCAACAUUUUCCGUUUCAAGAAAAACAUAGUGAUGGAGAAAUAUAUGAAACCACCUAAAACACUGAAAUUGCCUGUAAAAGAAAAAACUGUUAUACCUCUACCUAAUGACUUGAAGAAUCGCCACCCACUGUUUGGAAAUGAUUUUGAGGAAAAGAUCCAAUUGGAUGAAGCUGUUGAGAAGAAAUUGAGCAGUGCUAUUAAGAAUUUACUGAAGCAAGAGAAGAAGGCUAAGAAGAAAGAAUUGCAGAAAGAUUUGGAAGAAGAAAAGGACGAGCUAGUUUUUAGUUUACUAGAAACUAAAACUGUAACAAGAAAGCAGAAACCUGACAAAAAUGAAGUGCCUUCAACACCUCACAAAUCAGCAAAAAAGAAAAAAAUGACCAAAAAUGAUUUGAUAGAAGAGACAUUGAGGCUGAUGAAGCAAGAAUUACAUACAGAGUAUGAAUCUGAUUUGGAAACCAGUGUGCCUAAAAAGAAAAAACAUAAAAAAAAGUCACAUAGAACUAUAGAUGUAAACAUCAAACAAGAAGUCGGAAGUGAGACUGAAUACAAAGAAAUGACACCGAAAGCACUUAGAAGAAUAUCCUUAGCAAAUAGUACAAUGUUACCACAUUCAUCCAAAAUUGAUAACUUUAAUCCCGAACUGAGUGGCAUCGCUGGUGUAUUUUCAGAAGAAUUGAUUUUUACCAAAGAAAAAAAGAAGAAAAAAGCUAAAGAAGUACCAUCUGAUGUUAGUAAUGGUGAAGAAUCAAUCUAUCAUUUACCACAGUCAAAGAAAAUUAAAAUCAAACAAGAACACAAUGAAGGUUCUCCAGUUAAGAAAAAAAAGAAAAAAAUUAUUGAUUGAUUUGCAUGUUUUGUUUUUUAAUGUAAAUAUUAUUUUAUUUUUUUGACAAUGUCACUUGUUAUUGUAUAAUGUCAAAUUUAAAACAAAUAUAUUAUUUUAUAAGUGAAAAAAACAUUAAAAUGAUGCUAGGUGCCUAAGAUGGUAGAGGGUAUUUACAAGAGCCUGAUAAAAUUUUGGUAUCAGGAUAACAGAGCAGCAAGGUUUUUUAAAAAUGGUGGGAAAAUUAGGUUUCUAAAUCAAGUUACUGAAUAAUUUAGGGUAACGAAAAAUUAGUUCCAUAAUCAAAUAGUUACUGUCAUUCAGGAUAACACAAAAUUGAUGGAUUUUUAAAUUUUAACUCAUAAACUGCUUUAUAUAGAGACAAACGACAUAAAGCACUAUUCUGUCUGUUUGUAUAAAUUUAUAAAAUAAUCAGAUAAUUAGUAACUGAGGAAAACAAAAAAUAAAUUACUCUUAAGAGAUAGAAAGUAAGGUAAAUAGUGAUGGUUAUGGGCACUAUUUGGUCAUCAACACCUGUUUUAAAUUAAAUAUAAUUUUAAAUGAAAACAAAAACUAAUUUAAUCCUUUAUUUAAAUUGUCCAAAAUUGGUAAAUGAUAGUACAUAACUUUUCGACCACUUGGCAACUUGUACACAUACACUUUAUUUUCACAGCUAACUUUCUUAUUACUUUCUUCACUUAUUGUUUUUCUCUGCAAAUUAUUCUCUUUUGAUAAUUCAGCAAAGGAUUUGUUCUUGGACGGAGAGGUUGCUGUACCAUUAACAUCAAUAGUAUAAGGUAUUUUCUCAGAAGUUUGAUCUAUUUGCAGACUUUCUUCAUCAGAAUUUUUACUAAAUUCAUUUGGAAUUGAUUGCUCCGAGGUGACAACUUCCACAAUAUUACUAACCUACAUAAUUUAAUUAUUACAAAAAUCAUUUAAAGUGAAAAUAAUUUGAAAUAGUGUGUUUACCACUUGAUCCGGUACAGAAGGCAUUGCGUAUUUAUGAAGUCUAUUUCGCAAAGUACUUGUAAAGUCAUCGUAAGUAAAAUGGUCUUCACAUACGCGCAAUUCACGAUGGGUUGAUACAAUUCCUAGAAUGUUGAUCCAUUGUUGUCUUUUCUUAUCAGGAAUUCGAAAAAAAUGUUUAUUUAAACCCUGUUGAACAGGCCUGUAAUAUACGUUGUCGCAUGUUGGUACCAUACAUUUAUUCCUCUUCUCAUUCCUUACAGUAGAACUUGUUGAUAACAUUAUUUUUAAUAAAUAUUUUUGUUUUUAUUCAAAACUAUCUGUUCUUCUCAAUCACAGAACAAUCAGAACAUAGCAGUGACAUAUACAUCCGUCAAAUUUUCACAGUGUGUCCACAGAACUGAAAUAAGUUCUGUGAGUGUCCUAAAAAGUUUUAUACAAAUUUACGUGUCGGACUUGUGUAAGUCGUCCUUGAACUAAAAUCGAAGUUCGGUUACAACUUCUCGGAAGUUCUAGGUGGUUCUGGUGUUUGACUAGA